AUGAUCCAUAGUUUGUUCAUCAUCAAUGGAUCAGGUGAGAUAUUCAUGGAGAAGCAUUGGAAAACGGUGGUGAGUAAAUCAAUCUGUGAUUAUUUUUUCGAAGCUCAAAAAAAAUGCGGUAAUCCCGAAGAUGUUUCGCCAGUUAUUGCUACGCCUCAUCAUUAUCUGAUAAAUAUCUGUCGAAGCAGUCUCUAUUUCGUUGCUGUAUUAACUAAUGAAGGUGCACCAUUGUUUGUUAUCGAAUUUCUUCAUCGUAUUAUGGACGUAUUCGAAGAAUAUUUCGUGACAUGUACCGAAACAACGUUGAAAGAUAACUAUGUGAUUGUUUAUGAGUUAUUAGAUGAAAUGCUCGAUUCAGGUUUACCGUUAGCCACAGAAACUAGUGUGCUAAAGGAAUUGAUUAAGCCACCGAAUUUAUUACGUAAAGUAGCUCAUCUUGUCACCGGAGAUAGUACAAAUGUUAGCGAUGCUCUACCAUCCAAUCAGUUAUCAAACAUUCCGUGGCGUCGUUUAGGCAUUAAAUAUACCAAUAAUGAAGCAUACUUUGAUCUGAUUGAAGAAAUCGAUGCUAUUAUUGAUCGCAAUGGUGCGACAGUUAUGGGUGAAAUUCAAGGAUAUAUUGAUUGUUGUGUGAAGUUAAGUGGUAUGCCAGAUUUAACAUUAAACUUUAUCAAUCCGAGACUGCUCGAUGAUAUUAGUUUUCAUCCAUGUGUACGAUUGAAGAAAUGGGAGAGUGAUCAUGUCAUUUCGUUUGUUCCUCCAGACGGUAAUUUUCGCUUGAUCUCAUAUCAUAUUGGAUCGCAAAAUUCGAUAUCGAUUCCGAUAUAUGUCAAAUCUAAUAUACAGUAUCGUGAAGGUAGCUCAGGACGAUUUGAAUUAACUGUUGGACCGAAGCAAACUAUGGGCAAACCUUUGGAAUCAGUUUCCAUCGAAUGUGCAAUGCCAAAGAGUGUUCUCAAUUGUACAUUGACUCCAACUCAAGGUAAAUGUACAUUUGAUCCAGUGAAAAAGCUUCUCGUCUGGGACAUUGGUAAAAUUGAAAGUGACUCUCAAAGCGCUGGACGUUUGCCAAGUAUUCGCGGCAAUAUCAUUUUAUCAAGCGGUCAACCCGUUCCCGAAGGAAACCCGACGUUAAACGUUCGUUUUACGAUCAAUCAAGUUGCAUUGUCAGGUUUACGUGUUCAACGUGUAGAUAUGCACGGAGAGAAAUACAAACCAUUUAAAGGUGUGAAGUAUAUCACUACAGUAAAGCAUGGACGUUUUCAAGUUCGAACAUAA